AUUGAGGUCAGAAACCAGGAAAUACGGGCAAAAAGUGAUGGACGGAGUGACUAAGUCAGCAACCUCAGCCGGUUGAGGCGGCGUAAGAGCGGCGCGAGGAAGCGUCGAGUCAUCCCCUGCCAGCGGGUGUUGGGGAGGGUGGCAGUGGCAGUUUUUAACCCCGCGCGUCCUUUUCUGUCUUCCGACCCUCACUCUAAUGAAGGAGACGAUUGGGGCUGUCCAGACAGAGGACGACCUCUCGGAUGUGAGGCAGCUCUUCAGAGAGUACACUUCCACUAUACCGCCCGAGAUCCUCGCUUUGCAAGAUUUCGAGGCUGAACUGCUAGGACUUCCGGGCGCGUACGCUCCUCCUGGUGGAGCCCUCCUUCUGGCACGGUCGGCAGAGGCAGAAGAUGACAGUUGCGCGAUUGGCUGUGUGGCCCUCCGCCCAUUCAAGCAUCGACGCACAUACGAAAGCGAGGAUAGGGUAUGCGAAAUGAAACGACUUUACGUUGCACCAAAAGCUCGGAGGACGGGCCUCGGAAAGCGUCUGGCGGAGGCUGUCUUCGAGCGAGCAAAGGAGCAGGGAUACGACAAGAUCGUCCUCGAUACGCUUCCCACGAUGGAGAGGGCCAGACAGCUUUAUCUGAGCUACGGUUUCGUCGAGACAAGGCUCAUGGACGAUGGGCCAGUGCCAGGGACCAUCAAUCUGGAGAAAGACCUCGACAGAGCAGCUCAUAAAUUGAAUACAAAUUCCUAGCUGGUAGGACACAAUCGUCGUCAGAACAUUAUCGUCAUCAACAUGACACUUCGUCGGGAUGGGAGAGGAAAAAUUGAAGAGAGAGAGAGUCGUCUUGGGCACGUCAUUGGAAGCCUGCGUUGCUCUUGAUGGAGGAGAUGAUGUUGUUCAGACCAUUGCCGCCUUUGAAUUCCCACAGCAUUACGCCUCCA